AUAAUUAAUAAUAUGUUAGCUUUAAAUAGUAGGAAGAAGAAUAUCAGAAAGAAUUAUGCACUUUCGAAAAGAAAUGAAUUGAGUUUUAAUAGUUGAGAUGAUAAACCAUCUGAUCAGAUGCAAAAAAGAAAGGAAAAGCUCUGCUUGACAAAGCUUAAAAUUACAAAAAAUUUUAAGAGUGAGCAGCUGCCUCAGAGUAAUGAGUAUUACCUGGUGACACCACUUAAGAGCUUUAACAAGAAAGAGAACAAAAUCAACAACUUCCUCAACUCAAUGAAAAUUUGACAGAUCCAUUUGGACCAAGUUCUUAGAGCUAUUAAAUCCUAAGCCUUACUGGUUGGACUAUCUACUCCUUAAUUUCUCAAUAAUAUUUUACCUCAA